AUGGCAAAAGGUGUUUUUGUAACCUUGCCUUUGGCUUUUCUUUUUGUGAUCGUGCAUUUUCUUCUUGACAUAGGUGAGUGGAUGUAAUUCAAUUUCAAAACUCACAGCAUUACGAAAUCUAGAAUGGUGAAAGUCAAUUUUGGUAAUGAAGUGAAAUUUUGAAUUUUUAACUUUUCAAAAAUAUUUUUUCGCAGACUGCCUUCCACAUCCUAAACUAACUCGCGUUAGAGUCAACGGGAAGGUAAAAUAUAUUCGCACUGGCGACAAAGUCAGAAAAUGGUCCACUUCGUGGGGGUCGAAUUCUGGCCCCACGAGUUGGUCGUGGAACAGCGGUGGUGGAGUUGGUGGAGGGAAUAAAGCCGGAAAUAGUGGAGGUAGUCAAUGGUCUUCAAAUGCAGUGGGAGGUCAAGGCGGUGGUAAAUUUUCGUGGACGGGUGGUCAAACAACUGGUGGUGCUUUUAGUGGGGCAGUAGGUGGUGGCCACAAGUUUGGAAUGGGUGCUGGCCAGAAUGUUGGAAUGGGUGCUGGCCAGAAUGUUGGAAUGGGUGCUGGCCAGAACGCUGGGAUGGGUGCUGGCCAGAAUGUUGAAAUGGGUGCUGGUCAGAACGUUGGAAUGGGUGCUGGCCAUAAUGUUGGAAUGGGUGCUGGCCAGAAUGUUGGAAUGGGUGCUGGCCAGAAUGUUGAAAUGGGUGCUGGUCAGAACGUUGGAAUGGGUGCUGGCCAUAAUGUUGGAAUGGGUGCUGGCCAGAAUGUUGGAAUGGGUGCUGGCCAGAACGCUGGAAUGGGUGCUGGUCAGAAUGUUGAAAUGGGUGCUGGCCAGAAUGUUGGAAUGGGUGCUGGCCAGAAUGUUGGAAUGGGUGCUGGUCAGACAAAUGGUACAAAUGGAAUGAUGGUUGGGAUGAGUGGCGGUGGGGUAGGGUUUCCUGGUGGUCAACAAUAUUCAUUUAAAUUUGGCAACGGACGAUGUAUCUACCCAGAAGAUGGUCAAACUUCUCCAGGCACAAAAUUAACGAUUCCAUCGGAAGCAUGCCGUUCUGAAAAGGCCAAGUUUGUUAUUUCUGAGACAGGAAAUCUAAUACAUGUGAAAACUGGCUACUGUGUACAGCCAGAGGGUGAAAAGCUUAACGAUGACUCACCAAUUGUUAUCUCGGAAGCCUGUGAUAAAAAGUGGGCAUUUACCAUGACUCCGGGUGGUUCUCUUAAAUUGGCAAAGGGUGGGAAAUGUAUACAACCAUUAAGUGGUACCACUCAGCCGUCAGCUGUGGAGAAAUUGGUCUUCGGUAAUAAUUGUGAUAAACCUGAGAGCAAAUUUCAAAUCGAUGGUAAGGUUGAUACUCUUUCUGUAGUUAUACAGUAUUUAUUGUGUUUAUCGAUUGAAAAGUGAUAUCGUUUGGUGUUAGGCAGGGAAUAGUUGUCUGGCGAGUCCGUAUUGUUCAUAUAUAUUAAAGGUCUUUUCUCCUUUCGAUUGUCACGUAAUGUCGUCUGGUGUUUAUACGAGUACAAUAAUCUUGUUUGGUAGGAAAGAAAAGUGCUUUCUCGGAUGAAGCGUGACGUCAUUUAGUAAUAUACCCACAGUUAGUUCCAGACGAAAAACCUUCGCUUGAAAUGACAAAUAUUUUUUUAUUUGGAUACAAACAGCGACAGCUAAUUAAUCACUGACACAAUGUGGACCUUCAGGUUUGAAUACAUCAUUUUCAUAACACCGAUCGAUGGGCUUAAAUAAAUAAGGUUUCUUAACCUCGUUCAGAUGCAAAAUUUCUAUUCAAAUUCAGUCACAAAAACGAGGCGGAGAAGGCUUAAAAUGUACAUAAAGAAUAUUUAAACCUAUCUGCAUUAUGAAGGUGGUCUAUGAUCCUUCAGUAAUAACUCAUUCUGUUAUUUUGUUUAGAUAUGAAACCUUUCACUGGAGCUGGUGCCGGAGGUGGGGAAGGUUUUCCUGGCCCAAUGGGUAAUGGAGAGAUUGGUGGACAGGGAGGAAUAAGUGGACAGGAAGGAAUAAGUGGACAGGCAGGGAUAAGUGGACAGGGAGGAGUGAAUGGACAGGGAGGAAUGAAUGGACAGGGAGGAAUGAAUGGACAGGGAGAAAUAACGGGACAGGGAGGAAUAAAUGGACAGGUUCCCGGUACCAGUAUAGCUGGUGCUGGUAAUUUUGGUGGUGGUGGUGGUGGUCGUUUCGGGCAGGGAAUGAUAAUAGGUGGGGCAGGCGGUGCUGGAUUCCCUAGUGGUCAACAAUUCUCAUUAAAAUUUGAAAAUGGACGAUGUCUAAUCCCUGAGAAUGAUCAAACAAGCUCUGGAACAAAGUUAGUCGUACCAACUGAAGUUUGUGGUAGUGAUCUUGCCAAGUUUAAAAUUUCGGACAAAGGAAAUCUGGAACAUGUUAAAACUGGGUUCUGUGUGCAGCCGGAAAAUGGAGGCGACGAUAAACCAUUGGCAAUAGAAGAGGCGUGUGACAAGAAGUGGGCUUUCACCAUGACUGCUGCUGGAUCUCUCAAACUGGCAAAUGGUGGAAAAUGCGUUCAACCGGUGACUGGUGGUACGCGACCAUCACAAACGGAAUACAUGGUAUUGAAGGAUUCGUGUGAUAAACCAGAGACAAAGUUCACAAUUUGGGGUAUGAUAUUUCACGCCAGUUUAUAACAUGGAUGAACAUUUACUUUUCGUUGUUCAUGAUAAGUUGAGAACGUAAAUUCUUUACGUACUAUUAAAAAAUUCAUUAAUAAUUCACGAGGAAAAUACAAAAGAAAUGAAUGUUUAAUCAAUGUUUGUAAAUCGGAUAAAGAUUUGUCCUGCUUUACAUAAACUUCAGCUUUGAUUUUCUCGGCUUAGACAAUGUUUAUUUUUAAAAUUACUUCGCCAAUGAACUCAUCAGACUCAUUGUAUAUCAGAUACAGAUCGGCUGCUCCCUGCUCAUGUUUUAUCUAGUACUUAAAACACGAGCAGGAGACUGCUUUAUCAGAUAUGAACCUGAAGCGACAGCCAAGUGUUUUAUAUCUGAUAGAGCACGUACUGCGAGUGUUUAUGAAAUGGCUUGAAAAACGACCCGUUUUAUGAGUUCAUUGGCAAACUAAUUUUAAAGAACAACGUUGUCUAAGCCGAGAAAAUCAAGUCUUUUUACAUAUAAAACCACCAACACGGCAGUGUUUCUUUUGUAUUUUCCUCCUGAACUAUUACUUAGUUUUUAUAGAAUAAAAUAUCUGAAAUUCAUGAAUAAUGAAUUAUUUCCUCAGCUAUUUUUGAUGAAUGAUUUCCUGCAUUUUGGAGUGUCUCAAUAAAUCACAUAAUCACAUAGAGCAUUAUAGUUGCGCGCAAGAUACGCAACACUGUCUGAUCACAAUUGACCACUUGCGUAAUAGACAAAAUUUUGAUCUCAACAAGUUUAGACAAAAAUUUCAUUACAGCUUGAAAGAGCAUCACAAAAUUAGUAAUGUUCCAAAGUUUCGUUGCGAAAUGGUGUAAAAUGUAGAUAAUAUAGCCUUGCGAAGUUUGUAAUUUUCAGUCAUUUUAGAUUACAAACUGGAAAUUGACAGCCUCGAAGGGUUUGGGGCUGUCAAUUUCCCGUUUGUAAUCUAAAAUGACUGAAAAUUGCAAAUUUUGCAAGGCUAUAUUUUCCGCAUUUUACAACAUUUCGCAACGAAACUUUGGAAUAUUACUAAUUUUGUGAUGCUCUUUCAAGCUGUGAUGAAAUUUUUGUUGAGAUCAAAAUUUAGUCUAUUACGCAAAUGGUCAAUUGACCACUUGCGUAAUAGACAAAAUUUUGUUCUCAACAAGUUUAGACAAAAAUUUCAUUACAGCUUGAAAGAGCAUCACAAAAUUAGUAAUGUUCCAAAGUUUCGUUGCGAAAUGGUGUAAAAUGCGGAUAAUAUAGCCUUGCGAAGUUUCUUUCAAACUGUGAUGAAAUUUUUGUCUAGACUUGUUCAGAUCAAUUAUAACGAAUCUAAAACUACCGUCUGGAAAAUUGGGUGGGUACGGUCCUCCCUUCCGCUUGGCGGCGCCACAGGUUCAUUUUAGGUUUGUAUUUACCCAGUGUAUUAGAUGUUAGUUGUUUUAUUACAUAGGAGCAAGUGGAGGAGCUGGAACAAGUGGCGGGGCUGGAUUCGGGGCAGGAGGUGGAACGAUUAGUGGGGCUGGAUUUGGGGCAGGAGCCGGAACGAUUGGCGGGGCUCGAUUCGGAAUGGGGGCAGGAACGAAUGGCGGGGCAGCAUUCGGGGCAGGAGGUGGAAAGAGUGGCGGGGUUGGUAACCAAGGUGGAAUGAACUGGAACUGGAGCAGCGGCAAAAACAAUGGCAACUCGGGAACAUCUUGGUCUUGGGGUACCCCCGGGGGUAAUAGUUGGUCCUGGAGAGGUCCUCAGGCUGAUCUGGAAAAUGAUAAAGUGCCUCCCAGUAAAAACAACAAACAUCACCCGCAGCAAAUCAAGAUUGUUAUUAAUGUAAAGAGAACCAAAGAUGAUCCUGAACACAAGAGGAAAGGACAACUUAAGAUGCGUUGA